CGUUCCUGUGCACAAUUGGAAGCAGCAGGGAGUGAAGCAGCAUCUGUAUGAGGCGAGAGAAACAACCUGCAUGGAAUGGAGGAGCGCUAAAGCAGCACUGUCGCUGUCGUCAAGACUCCCACCGCCUCCACCACUGCUGCCACUCUGGAUUCAGUAUUGAUGGAAGAUGCUCAGAGCAGCUCUGUGAUGCCCAAGGAACCAGCUGUGUGGAUCCAGUGCCACCUCUGAUAUGAUGCUGAGAGCCGGAGGAGCAGCCACCUCUCUCGCGCUGCUGCUGCUGCUGCCGUUGCUGUGCUGCUGCCACCUGUGCCACUCACUGCGGGUUCCAAAACUCUCCUCCUUUGCAAAAGCAGAGGACAAACUGUUCAAAUACCUCUUUGGAAACUACCAGAAAUGGGUGCGUCCAGUGGAAUACCUAAACCAGACGAUCCGUGUGAAGUUUGGACUGGCCAUCUCCCAGCUAGUUGAUGUGGAUGAGAAAAAUCAGCGAAUGACAACCAAUGUGUGGAUGAAACAGGAGUGGACUGACAGGAAACUCAGGUGGAACCCUGAUGACUAUCUGGGCAUCACAAUUAUCCGAGUCCCUUCUGACAGGAUCUGGCUUCCUGAUGUUGUCCUAUAUGAUAAUUCAGAUGGGCGUUUUGAGGGUACUGUCACCAAGGCUGUCGUUAAGUAUGAUGGAACCAUAUCAUGGACGCCACCAGCCAAUUACAAGUCAGCCUGUACCAUUGACGUCACCUUCUUCCCUUUUGACCUUCAGAACUGUUCAAUGAAGUUUGGCUCCUGGACAUAUGAUGGCUCCCAGGUGGACAUAAUUCUGGAGGACUUUCAUGUCGACAAGAAGGACUAUUUUGACAACGGUGAAUGGGAGAUAGUGAAGGCCACAGGCAGCCGUGGUGUGAGGACAGACGGCAGCGCUUCCUAUCCCACCAUCACCUACUUCUUCAUCAUUCGCAGGUUGCCUCUUUUCUACACCCUCUUCCUCAUCAUCCCCUGCAUUGGCCUUUCCUUCCUCACCAUCCUUGUCUUCUAUCUGCCCUCCAACGGCGGCGAGAAGAUCUCUCUCUGCACCUCAGUCCUGGUGUCACUCACGGUUUUCCUCCUGGUCAUCGAGGAAAUCAUUCCUUCCUCUUCGAAGGCUAUCCCGCUCAUCGGGGAGUACCUGGUCUUCACCAUGAUCUUCGUCACGCUCUCCAUCAUCAUCACUGUCUUUGCCAUCAACAUCCACCAUCGCUCCUCUUCUACACAUCAUGGCAUGGCACCCUGGGUGAGGAGGAUCUUCCUGCAUCGACUGCCUAAGCUGCUGUGCAUGCGCAGCCAUGCGGACCGUUACGCCCCAGCCGGAGUAAAAAGAGCAGGAGGACAGUUUAUGAAUAAGGACCUGAAACCUGAACUGACACCUCUGCUCUACACCAGACACAACCUACAAGCAGCUUUGGAUUCUAUUCGCUACAUAACCAUGCAUGUGGUUAAAGAAAAUGAGGUCAGAGAGGUGGUUCAAGACUGGAAAUUUGUAGCCCAGGUCCUGGAUCGAAUGUUUCUUUGGGCCUUCCUGCUGGUGUCCAUCCUGGGCUCUGCUCUCCUCUUCAUCCCGGUUAUUUACAAAUGGGCCAGCAUCAUCGUCCCUGACCACAGUGGCAGUAUCCUCUAAGAGCCACAGUUCAACUAGACACAAAUGGAGGCAAAGCACAUUAACAGCUCAUUAUGGGUCUUAUUUGAGAUUUGGAAGACUGAGAUGCUGUGAUUACCACUCAGAUGCAGUCCUGCUCUGCUUAUCCACAGUCAUUCUGUAUGCCACAGCGGUGCCAGAGAUCAAGCUGCAGAUUUGGGGGCCUUGUUUGCUGAGUGUAUUACAGACUUUUUUUCCUCUGCUUGUUUGUUUUAGAGAGAUUUUGAAUUCUGUAUUUCUGAGUUUAAAGAUGAAUUAUUAAAAGACUCAAUAUAUGUAUUACAUAUGAUAUGAAAAUCAACAUUCAGCCAUGUGCCAUACAUUUUUGUGUACAUCUCACUCAUCAAUACAUUUCAAUACAUUAUUUUCUCCAACUAUACUUGCUGCAUCCAAAUGUGGGUGUAAAUCACAUGUGCAAGUUUAAAGCAAGUUACAAGUUACUGUGGUGAGAAUCAAGCUAGUCAAGUCCCUGCCAUACGUCAAGCAUGUCACAAGUCAAGUCAUAUGAAAUUCUGAUUAUCUGGUCAAAUGUUAGCUUUCUAGAUGACAGCUGACCAGCCAGUAAGCUAAUAGGUUAGCUAAAAUAUACAUUCAAAUAUCUUUCUUUGUGAGAUUUGUAGUGAUGGAUUAAGUUGGAAGUUGUGGUUGUGUCACUGAUUUUUGAGCUGCAGUAUUUACAUACUGCUGUCCUCUUCUUACCACCUACACUGACUACAUAAUCUUUGAAUCCAAAGUGUAUUAUUUUUGGACUAGCCCUCUCCAUGAUAGCUAAUUCAUAUGUUGCCCUCUGCUGGUCCACCAUGUCCAAGUAGGUUGCCAGGUUUGCACGCAUGGCACUAGAAAUUAUCCAGUCAUGUUUCAAAAAGAAAACAUAACUUCUCAUUAUCUGGACAAAUGCAAGUGCAUAAUAAAAAGUCAAGUCCUUUUGAGUUAUCUGUAUCAAGUCUAAGUCAAGUCAUCCAGUCAUGAAUACCAAUCAAGUCAAGUCUUUUAUUUUUUUUUAGUCUCUUAAUUGGGUUUUUAAGGACGGAUAAUGUGCAUAUUAUAAAGACAGCAAUCUAAAUGCCACACAAAGGCAACAUUAAGUAAUGUACUAUAUAUAGAUAUAUAUAUAAAGAGGAAGAGGAAAAAACAAAACAAAACAAAAAAACACAGUCUUUUAUCAUUUUAAGUUAAGCAAGUCCCAAAUCCUCAAAUCUGCAACUAAGUCUGACUUGAGUCAAGUCAUGGGACUCGAGUCCCCUGCCUCUGCUCACAUCAUAGAGUGGAGAUUUAUUUUUGGUUGUGAUAGAAAUUUGUAGACACAAAAUGACAAGACAACAUGUUCUCACAGGGUAAUCUUGGAUAAAUGUCCCACUAAUGGCUCUUGUGCUUAAGGGUGCAGGAUGCAGUGAUGAAUAUCAAUUGCUUUCUAUUCAUUUCAAUACCUCUUUAUGUACCCCCAAGUAUGUGGCAGCUCGCCACCCAGAUUGACACACACACACACACACACACACACACACACAGGAUAGAUAGGAGAAGACCUUCAUUUGCAUUUUACAUACUUCCCUAUUUCUGCAUAUCCCCUAUGUACCCUAUGUUUGAAAAGAUGACCAUUUUAUCUGUGGGGCAUAAUUCAAAUAAAAGUGAUGGUUUAA